CGGUCCAGACAAGUUACUGCACUGACGUAAACACAACUUGUCUUCCGGGUGUAUUCUUUCUCGUCGGUCAGUGAGCGUUCUUAACUAGGUUAUUUUCGCUGUUGUUUAACAUUUUUCAGCAAUAAUGAAUCGUAUAUUUGGCAGCGGGAAGCCUAAAGCCCCCCCUCCCAACCUGACGGACUGCAUCGGCACUGUCGAUUCUCGGUCAGAGUCCAUUGAGAAGAAGGUGGCCCGACUAGAUGCUGAGCUGGUGAAGUACAAGGACCAGAUGAAGAAGAUGAGGGACGGGCCCUCAAAGAACAUGGUGAAACAGAAGGCCAUGAGAGUUUUAAAGCAGAAGAGAAUGUACGAGGGCCAGAGAGACCAGCUCAUGCAGCAGUCGUUUAACAUGGAGCAGGCCAACUACACCAUUCAGUCCCUCAAAGACACCAAGACAACCGUGGACGCCAUGAAGGUUGGAGCCAAGGAGAUGAAGAAGGCCUACAAGAACAUAAAGAUUGACAAGAUCGAGGACCUCCAAGACCAGCUGGAGGACAUGAUGGAGGACGCCAACGACGUGCAGGAGGCCAUGAGCCGCAGCUACGGCACGCCCGACAUCGACGAGGACGACCUGGAAGCAGAACUGGACGCACUGGGAGAUGAGAUGAUGUUUGACGAGGACAGCUCCUACUUGGACGAUGCCUCCACCGCCCCCUCCAUCCCAGAAGGUCUGCCUGGGGACAAGUCCACCAGCCGGGACGGUGUGCUGGUGGAUGAGUUCGGCCUCCCCCAGAUCCCAGCCACAUAGGACGGCCCGCUGGGAUUUUACAUGUACCAAAGCCUUGUAUUUAACACUCCUGUCUUUCACCGCCAGCUCACAGGCGCCUUAAUGCUAAUCUUAAUUUAGCAUGCAAUAUAUUAUAUCGAGAAAUAAUUUAGUAAUAAUGUGAUUGUCUUUCUGAAGAACAAAUAUUCUGGCUAAAGUGAUUCUUGGAAGAAAAAAACGCCUUCUGUAAACUUUCUACUGCAAUCCAAUAAAUUAUAUUUUCGGACAACCCAACUCUUGCUCAACUAAAAGAGUCUUGGACGUUUAUACAAAAUAAACUUUAUUGUACAGUGAAAAGUGGUUGAUUAAAUAACUUAGGAGGGAGGGGUGAUGUGGGCAUCACCAGCUGAGCCGGUAGCUUUUGGGGAAGAUCUUGUUGUGGAGGUACUCCACCACCUCACUCUGGUUCUUCAGUUUCUCAAACUCGUGGAACGGAAUCUGGAACAGAAUGAACCAUUGAUUAAACCUUGGUUGUGCAACCACAAGUCAGAGUUACUCACAUCAGACAAACAAGGAGACCAUGCUGUCGGUUUAAAUGGUAUCAACGCCCAUGUUACAAUGAGGUCUAGGUCCGCUAUUAUUAUUAUUGCUAGCAAAAAUACCUCCAGGAAAACAUUAUGGUGAAAGGAAUCUCGGUACAAUCUUGACGCCUGCCUCAAGACCCAUGAGCAAGAUGCCCCUACCAACUCCAUAUUGACAUCCUGUACUAUAUUUGAGACACCAUUUAAUCUUCUAU